AUGCCAUCCACAUUUGUCACAGCUGCUCGGUCUAAAUUCCCCUCCCUCGCUUCUGGGUACAUUUUUGCAGAUAAUGCUGGGGGUUCACAAUGUACAGGAGAUGUCGUCGCGCAGAUAUCUGAUUACCUCCUCAAUACAAACGUUCAGCUCGGAGCUGACUACUCAAUAUCAGUUGAGUCAACCAACAGGGUCAAAAGAGGAAUAUCGGAUGCCGCCAUGCUGUUCAAUGCGAGAUCGGAAGAAGAGAUCGCCUUUGCAUCGAGUUCAACACUAGUUGUGGAGAAUCUGGCUCGUGGAUUGGAGGGCGAUGUGCUUCCGGGGGAGGAGCUCAUAAUUACCGGAGAACACGAAGCAAACGCGGGUCCAUGGAAGAAGCUGGCCGCACGUAAGGAAGCUACGAUCAAACUCUGGAACCCUCGCGUAUCGAAGGACUCACCCAACAACCCAUACGCGGUGUAUCUCGAUGUGGAGGACCUCCUGCCUCUCAUAACUUCGAAGACACGUCUCGUAGCAUUUACUGCGUGCUCCAACAUCCUUGGAAGCAUCGUCCCCGUCAAGGCGGUUAUCAGCGCCGCACGUGCCAGAGCCAAAGAAGUCUCCGUACGGAAGAUCGAGUUCUCCGUGGAUUGUGUAGCAUAUGCACCCCACCGGCGAAUUGAUGUGCAAGAUUGGGAUGUCGACUUUUGCUUCUUUUCAUUCUACAAGGUAUAUGGACCACACAUCGCUGCCCUCUACGCACGUUCUGUCUCACUCGAAAGCUCAAUCACCGCCCUCACUCACCAUUUCCUCACCGCCUCCUCGACUUCUUACAAGCUGCAGCCAGGGGGACCAGGUUACGAACUUGUCUACGGCACAUCUGGCGUCUUGGCAUACUUGCUUUCCUUGACGCCUUCCCAUACCCUGACGGAUACCUUUGAGGCCAUAGUGGCGCACGAACAGACUAUUGUUGAGCCAUUGCUCGCCUUUCUACGUUCGCAAGAGGAACGGGGCGUACGAAUCAUCGGUGAGGAGAAUGCAGGUCCUACGCGUGUACCCACUAUCAGUUUUGUGGUCGUGGGAACCCGCCCGAUUCGGAGCAAGGACGUUGUGGCGGCUUUUGACCGAAAAGGAGGGAUUGGCAUACGUUACGGGCACUUCUACGCAUAUACCCUCGUGAGCAUGCUCAGCCCAAAUUUAGAUAUUGAUGAUGCCGUCGUACGGGUAUCGUUGGUUCACUACAAUACAGUGAACGAAGUGGAGAAGGUGAUCGAAAUUUUGAAGGAAGUUUUGGCUUGAAGACCCUCCAUCAACGGUUUGUAAAAUUGAAACCAUGAAAUGUAAUGUCUGCGUAGUCUGUCUUUCUUUAUUACUGUGACCCUCGGUUCAGUGCUU